AACUCUCUAAAGUCCUUUCAGCUAAAACCUGCUUAGAUCAACUCCUCCUUUUCUAAACUUCUAUUCUCAAUCUCAAAAUAUGGGUUUCCGUCUGCCAUCCUUGAUACUCAGUUCCAGGCAAAUUCUGAAACAUCGUUCUGGCUUCUCUAGGAAACAACCUGAUGUGCCAAAAGGCCACGUCGCAGUUUAUGUUGGAGAGGAGCAGAGAAAACGUUUUGUAGUUCCAAUUUCAUAUUUGAACCAUCCUUCAUUCGCAGAAUUGCUCAACCGCGCAGAGGAAGAGUUUGGCUUCAAUCAUCCAACGGGUGGCCUGACAAUUCCGUGCAAAGAAGAUGCUUUUAUCAAUCUAACGUCUCAGCUGCAUUCCUCAUGAACGAUGAUGAACGCAGAGCAGCUCGGACACCUUUGACAAGUUAUUUUCCGUUUUCGCUACAAGUUAUAAAUUUUAUACUAAUGGUGGAUGUGUAAAUUUUAACACAUUAACAAAUGAAGUUCUUGACCCUUCACGUUAUCUUUUUUUC